AAUUAUAGUAUUUGUUUAUUAGCAAUUAUUGGACCCUGAUAUUAAACUUAUACCCAGUUUAAUAUGUUAUAUACAUUGACAAUUGAUAAUACUUACAUAAAAAUUUGAUCUUCUAUUAUAAACGUUCUAACAAAAAACAAAAUAAAUUAAUAUAUUUUAGAUGAGCAACGAACAAUCGACCUCGGCUCCCCGCCCUAACUAUGCGCCCAUGUCCGAAGCGGAGCGCAACAACGAAGGAGCUGUUUGGGUGACCCCUGCAGAAGUUCUUUUUGACGAAGAAGUGUUCAAAGGCAUAAAAAGCAUAAUCGGAGGACACUUUCUUGGCACUUGGGCCACGUACUCGGAUGUUGACCCCAAGGUUCGCGAACUAUGGUGGAACCUGUUCAAGGGUCGCUAUCGUUGGACUCACGCAAACGGUGCCGAUAUUCUUAAAGCCUACAAUGCUAGGAUUUCGACCUGGCUUCGCGCCACUUUUAAGCGUGCCCGAAAAAGUGCGAAAAAGCCUAAAUGGGUUUCGGAUGAAGUGUGGUCCAACCUUUGUCGCCACUGGUCUUCUGAUCCGAAAUUCUUGGCCAGAAGUGAAUCCGGUAAGAAAAACCGGAUGUCCGAGAAGGCCUUGGAGAUGCAGUGGCACGGGGGUCGCAAAUCUCAGAAUGCCCAUAAAGAAACUCUUGCUGGUCCUGAGAAGAAGAGGGUUGGUGUUCUCCGGCUCGUCAAGCAUUGCUGGACGAAGCACGGCGAGGAAUCUGAAGCCGAUCUGCCACCCCGCCUCGCUGACUUCGAA